CGCGUCUUCGUCUUCCACCUCCGUCCUCUGUUCGCCUCUUCACCAUCUGCUCCCCCAACAACCCAGAACCCUAGCAAAACCCCGGCCUCCGCAGACGCCGACCUCCUCCGGCGAGAUGAGCUUCAAGGGAGGGAAGAUGCCGAGCGUGCCGGCGGGCGGGAGCGCGCUCUUGAAGGUCGGGCUGCUUGGCGGCGCGGGGCUCUAUGCCGUCCUCAACAGCUUCUACAACGUGGAGGGCGGCCACCGCGCCAUCGUCUUCAACCGCAUCGAGGGCAUCAAGGAAAAGGUGUACCCCGAAGGAACUCACCUGAUGAUCCCGUGGAUCGAGAGGCCGAUCAUCUACGACGUCCGCGCCCGACCCAACCUCGUCGAGAGCACCUCAGGAAGUCGGGAUCUCCAGAUGGUGAAAAUUGGCCUUCGUGUUCUCACACGGCCCAUGCCAGACCAGCUACCUAAAAUCUACCGGAACCUUGGGGAGAACUUCAAUGAGAGGGUUUUGCCUUCAAUCAUUCAUGAAACACUCAAGGCUGUGGUUGCGCAAUACAAUGCCAGUCAGCUGAUUACACAAAGAGAGGCUGUAAGCAGGGAGAUCAGGAAGAUUCUGACUGAGAGGGCCAACAACUUCAAUAUUGCACUGGAUGAUGUGUCCAUCACAAGCCUCAGCUUUGGGAAAGAGUUUACUCAUGCCAUUGAAGCGAAACAGGUUGCCGCACAAGAAGCUGAGCGAGCCAAGUUCAUUGUUGAGAAGGCUGAGCAAGACAAGCAAAGUGCGAUCAUCAGGGCUCAGGGUGAGGCUAAGAGUGCAGAGCUGAUUGGUCAAGCCAUUGCCAACAACCCUGCUUUCCUCGCUCUGAGACAGAUUGAAGCUGCGAGGGAGAUCUCUCACACCAUGGCGAGCUCAAACAACAGGGUGUUCCUUGAUUCCAAUGACCUUUUGCUUGGACUCCAGCAGCUGAAUGUUAGCGGCAAACAAAAGAAGUGAAGUGAUCCAGUCCUAAGUCACUGUGGAAGAGUUCAAGAGGAAGUUUCUUUUAUAUAGUUUUGGUCGAUGGUUUAUCUGAUCCAGAACCAGAAUGCGCGUGCGGAUGAACAACGUCGCCCCUUGUUACUGCAACUGCAACUUUUGGCUGUAUCUACAUUUCUCUGUGCAAAUCACUGAGUCACUGGGGGAGAUUUAAUGCGGAAUGAUUUUGUUUCUGAAAUGGUGUGUUAACCUGUUGAUAUAUUCUGGUAGAAUGUUUGGUUAUGGGGGUUUUGCGUUCA